AUGAGCAGCGACAAGGACAGCAUCGACACUUACGGCGACGAGGAGCAGCUUGCUUCCUUCGGCUACAAACAGAUCCUCCAUCGCACAUGGCACCAAUUCGAGGCGUUCAUGGCCGGCUUUGGCUCACUCUACGUCGUCGGCGGCGCUCGCCUCCUCUACUCGUACGGCCUGUACAACGGCGGACCUGUCGCCCUCUGGACGUCGAUGCUCGUGACGGUUGUCUUCAUGACUAUCACGGCGGCCUCGCUGUCCGAGAUCUGCUCGUCCAUCCCGCUUAGCGGCUCGAUCUACGUCUGGGCAGCCGAGGCCGGCGGCAGGAAAUACGGCCGCUUCUUCGGGUUCAUCGUCGCCUAUUGGUCGUCGACAGCCUGGACGUCGUUUGUCGCGAGCAACACGCAGGGCACGACCAAUUUCAUGCUCACCGAGCUCGCCGUCUUCAACGCCUACUUCCCCGGCGGCGGCCUCGACAGCUCGAACGUCAAGUUCCGCGCCGUGCAGUGGAUCGUCUCGGAGGCGUUCCUCCUCAUCGCCAUCCUCUCGAACCUCCUCUCGCCGCGCCGCUUCGCCUGGAUCUUCAAGGCCUCGGCACUCAUCAUCGCCGUCGAUUUCCUCCUCACCGUCAUCUGGCUCCCCGUAGGCGUCAGCAAGACGUACGGCUUCCAGAGCGCCAAGUGGGUCUUCACCGAGUACUACAACGGCUCCGGCGCGCCCGACGUCUGGAACUUCAUGCUCGUGUACCUCUCGACCUCGGGCGUCUUGACUGGCUUCGACGCCUCCGGCCACAUCGCGGAGGAGACGAAGAACGCGUCGGUCGCCUCGGCGCGGGGGAUGUUCUGGUCCUGCGUCGUCUCGGGCCUGCUCGCCUUUCCCCUCCUGAUCCUCUUCCUCUUCUGCUCGCCCUCGCUCGACACGCUCUUCACCAUCGCGACCCCUCAGCCCUUCGUCAUCAUCUACCAGCUCGCGCUCGGCAAGGGCGGUCAGAUGGUCAUGACGCUCGUCGCCAUCUUUGGACUCUUGAUCAACACCUCGCUCGCCGUGACGGCCGCCUCGCGCCUGAUUUUCGCGAUCGCGCGCGACGGCAUCUUGCCCGGCUCGUCGUGGAUCGGCAAAGUCGACAAGAACGGGCAGCCGAAGAAUGCGAUCAUCUUUAUCGGCGUCGUCGCGGCUCUCUUGUUGUGCACGAUCAUCCCCUCGUCCGUCGCGUUCACCUCGCUCAUCAGCUGCGGAGCACUGCCGACUAUCGCCGCGUACGCGCUCAUCCCGACUCUACGCCUCAUCUUCACCCGCCACGAGUUUGCCAACGCCAAGUGGUCGACCGGACGCCUCGCCAUUCCGUUCUGCAUCAUCGCCGCAAUCUGGAACACCUUCCUCAUGGCCGUCCUCCUCUCGCCCCUCGAAUUCCCCGUCACAGCCCAAAACUUCAAUUUCGCCUGCGCAGUGUUCACAUUCGUCACGCUCGCUGGGGCGGUCAGUUGGUGGGUCGUGCCGGAGGACAAUUGGCUUUCGAGGAGGGCGGUGGGGAGGAUCCUGGAUUCGACGGAGGGGAAGGAGGGGAGGGCGCAUCCGGCGGAUCGUGUGCAGGAGGGACGGGCGGUGGUGGGCGAGCAGGGGAAGAAGGAGAACGAGGUUGAGCAGGCGACGGCGGCCGCUCACUGA